CAUGUACCCCACUGCAACAAUCCUAUGCUGUUAAAUCUUCAGAUGCACUGAAAAGUUCUCUGUCCUCUGAAAUGCGUCAACCGGUUAGGAAGCAGACAAGUGAGACAAGUCUGAGCAGUGAGAAGAGUGCACCUACCCCUGUAACUGUCAGGAGGCUCGCAUCUCUCGGAUCAACACCUGCUAGUGGGACUCUGAAGCCUAAAAAAGAUGUUCUCCUUAUGAAAGAGAAAAAGAAACAGAAGGCACUGGAGAAGGAGAUACGUGCAUUAGUGAGAGAGCGUGGAGAGCAGGAUAAAAAACUUCAGACUCUGGCUGAGGAUUUUGUUAAGAAUGAAGCAAAGCUGAGUGCUGCAGUUCAGGAGAAAACAUCCCUCUUGGCAAAUGUUGCAUGCCUGAAAAAACAGCUUCUGGAACUAACAAGAACCAAUGAACUAUUAAAGUCAAAGCUGUCUGAAGAUGGUGUGCAGAAGAAAAUGAGCAGCCUAUGCAUGGAGUUAAUGAAGCUCAGAAACCAGAGGGAUGCUAAGGAAAAGACUGCACUUGCAAAGCAGGAAGAUAUGGAAAUGAAGCUGCAGGAAGUACAAAGGAAUCUAGAGCAUUCAAAAGGAAAAGUAGCACAGUUGCAAGAAAAACUGUCUGCUACUGAGAGAGAGAAAGUUGAAGAAAAGUCAGACACUGAAAAACUUUUGGAAUAUGUCACAGAGCUCAGUAGUGUUGCGGAAACAGUUGACAAAUACAAGCUAGAUGUUGCCCGGAUGGAGGAGACAGUGAUAAAGAAAGACCAAGAUAUUGAGAUCCUGCGGGAUACCCUCAAAACAAAAGAGGAAGAAUCAUCUAAACUGAUAAAAGACCUUAAUGACAGAUGUCAAUUGCUUCAACAAGAAAAAGAGAAAGAGUUGUUGGAGACCACAGGAAAAUUCCUCAGUAUGAAUGCUGAAAUAGAAGACUUGAAGAAAAAAUUUUGUUUAGAAGAGCAAGAACACCAAAAACUGCUUCAGAAACAUGAGGAGAUGGUCUCUCAGCUGAAGCAAGAGAAGGAGUUAUCUGCAUCAAUGCAUCAGAAGUUACUAGAGUUUCAAGAUGAGGUAACAAAUGAGAGACGUAUUCUUGAAGAAGAGCUGAAUGAUACCAUGAAUGAGCUGAAUAAACUGCAUGCUCAGGAGAAGAAAGCUGGAAAGUUGGUGAAGCGGUUGGAACAAGAAAUCAAAUCUCAAGCUCUUGAACUUUCAGAGAUGGAAGUAAAGCUGAAAGGGAAGAAUGCUGAGUUGGAGCAAAUCAAUGAAAUGCACAGCAAAGCUGUUUUGCAAAUCCAAGAAGAGCACAGCAAUACAUUGCGUAAACUUGGAGAGACUGUUGCUGAGUUUGAAAGUUACAAGAAGACGAUAGCUGGAGAAAUAUGUGGUCUUAAACUGGAGAACACUUCUCUGCGGGAAGAAGUUGCCAACCUAAAAAAAGUAGACCAAGAUAAUCUACAGAUGCUUCAAGAAGCAGAAAUCACUAAAAACAAAGCAAAAGAAGAAUGUGCAAGGAUGCUUUUAGACAUCCAGACAAAGCUUGCACUAAAAGAAGCGGAAACAGAGAGAACAAAAGAGUCUUGCCUUGCACAAAUAACUAAACUUCAGGAAAAACUGGAUGCGCAAACCGAAGAUCUAAAAAGAAAACUUGAAGUGGAAAGAUCAAGGAAAACUGUAAAGGAAGAUGUGACCUCUAGCUUAAAAGAAGAGAUAAAGACCUGGCGUAAUCUAUAUGAGGACUUGUAUAACAAAACAAAGCCUUUUCAGCAACAACUAGAUGCAUUUGAAGCAGAGAAGAAUGCACUCUUAAAUGAGCAUGGUGCUGCCCAAGAAGAACUGAAUAAGCUAAGUGAUGCAUAUGCUAAACUACUUGGCCACCAGAACCAGAAGCAAAAAAUCAAGCAUGUUAUGAAGUUGAAGGAAGAGAAUGCCCACCUAAAGCAGGAUGUCUCAAAACUGCGUGCAUUACUAGCCAAAGAAAAGCAAAGCAACAGAGAUCUUCAGGAGCAACUGCAUGCAAUUCGGGGUGUUCGCCGUUUCGAUCCUUCUAAAGCUUUCCAGCAUGACAGCAAAGAAAAUAUUCCUCCAAAAACUCCUUUUAGAGAAGGUAAUAAAAAUAAAAUUUAG